UUGGAAUGUUCCGAAUCAGACGUAACCAACAGCAGCCCAGAACAGAUAGUCCCUGUAGACAGACCAGUCAGAAGAAACAGAGAAAGAACAUGGCUGCCUUGUGAUAUAUGUGGAAAGAAAUUUGACCGUCCAUCGCUUCUGAAACGACACAUGCGGACACAUACGGGUGAGAAACCCCAUGCCUGCGACGUGUGUGGAAAAGCAUUCUCCACAUCCUCCUCCCUGAACACACACAGACGCAUCCACAGUGGAGAAAAACCCCAUGUGUGUAAAGUGUGUGGGAAGCGGUUUACUGCGUCUUCAAACCUCUACUACCAUAGAAUGACACACGAUAAGGAAAAGCCCCAUAAGUGCACCCUGUGCUCCAAAUCCUUUCCCACGCCCGGAGACCUUAGAAGUCACAUGUACGUCCAUAAUGGCUCCUGGCCCUUCAAGUGCGAAAUCUGUCACCGGGGAUUCAGCAAGCAAACCAACCUGAAAAACCACGUGUUGCUUCAUUCCGGAGAUAAGCCACAUGAAUGCAUUCUCUGCGGAAAGAAAUUCGCCCUUCAGUGCAAUCUGAAAACUCACAUGAAAACGCACGAAGCCUCAUCUGUACAAGAUAAUUGUAUCAAAUGUGGAAAGUCGUUUGUACCCAGUCAGAGUUCUCCAAAGCGAGUCUGCUCACAAUGCCUGAAGGUCAAACCAGAGGACACGGAAAACGGACCAAAGAAAAAAAGGAUCACAGAUUUCAGCAUCUCAAGACUGACCGAAGCAACACCGAAGAAGAUGUCUUUUUCCCCAUAUCGUGCGAGCAAGUCUGCCAGUAGUGAAGGACAUUCACCGUACCCAAGUCCGGAGUUCCUCCAUUCCUCUCCAUAUUCCCCUAAACUAGUUCCCCCACCAUUUGGACAUUCCCUGUUGUCACCACUACAACCAAACAACGUUUUAGCGAACACUGUCCAUUUUUCUCAUGCUAUAAUGUCUCCCUUCCAUUCACGAUUUUUCCAAAGUAGAGGUACCAGCAAUCUACCUAAACCUUUAUUUGGAGAGGAUAUGUCCUCCGGAAGUGACGCACCUUCACCAUAUUCAAGGGUAUCGUGGCCAGGAUCCCUCUCACAUCACCAAGGUUACUGA